AUGUAUCCUACCCAUAUACCGGAUUCGUUACCCCGGUAUAUCGACGCUGUUAUCAUCGGCUCCGGGAUCACUGGUGCGAGUGUUGCACGCACUCUUUUCCGUGAAGAAGGCUCGGACCUCAGAGCCUUAAUGCUGGAAGCAAGGGAAACUUGUUCUAGUGCCGCUGAUGGUAGAGCUGUUCUUCCCGAUAAUGUAGAACUUGACUGGAAAGAUUCAACUCUUCCGAGAUUGCUCUUUUCUGACCGUGCAUGUACUGAAAAAUAUGUUUGGAUUCUACUUGUUCUUAGCGAGGGAGACCCAAAAACAAAGCUAUUUUUUUUUUGGCAAAGUCGAUCCAGACUCUAA